UCAGAUGCUCUGACGCACAGGCAUUUUUAUUCCAGAUCAAAAAUUGUGAAAUCCAAAAACGGAUGCCAGUUCUGAGACUUUCCAGCUUCUUUACCAAAUUUUUUCCAUCCAAAAGAGUGCGUGUUGACGAAGUGGAGCGAAGAAGGCAGUUGGCGAAGUGCCAGGAGCAGCGAAAAAACCCCAUGAUGAGCAAAACUCCGCGAGUGGACUUCAGUGCGGAUCCCAUAGUGCUGCCGAUGCCCAGGAAUGUGGCCAAGGGAAAGCUCCGUGGCAAGCAUGUGAUAGGCAGCUUCCAGCUGAAGGUCGAGCAUGAUCCGUUGGCGAAAAGGCUGGAGAUCACGGCCACGCUGCCCAGCCCGCGACUUCCGCCGGAAACGGCUCCAGCGCCCCAGGACGAGCAGCUCUACGAGCUGUUCGUCUGCAGCAGCCAGGGUAAAUUGCUGGCCAGGAUCCCCUUCCUGGAGAGCGACUACCGAAGGGCAGCCCACCAGGCCAUCGAUUCCAUGUCCGACUAGUCGCAUCCCCAUACAUUCUGGCAUUUCAAAGGCCCAUCCCAAUCCGCAUUCCCUUUGACAUGCGGAGGAGGCACACAUCUGCCUGCAACCGUCAAAAUGUCAGCCUUCAUUUACCAGGUUUACCCAUCCUGUCAGGACAUCCGGGUAUCGAUUACCUGCCCUUCCCUGCUCCAUUCUCAUCUCUAUCUCUUUAAUUGGGCUCUGGAUUGGAUACUAAAUUAGACAAAAACUGCAGGGCUGUAAAAUGAUCUUUGGGCUUCAAUAAAUUUAAUGUAAUUCAC